GUGAAGUGUGGGCAAACUGACCCAAGUGCUGCUGAAUGUCCUUUAGUGGGUUGCAGUCAGUCAGGUAGGGACCAACCAUAUUUGGUAAUAGUUGGCAUCUUUGGUACUUGUCUAGUACUGUUUGGUGUCUCCUCAAAGCUUCCUGAAUACCUCUUUUGGACCCUAGCACAGGUACAUGCUCAUCACUAUUUCUCCCUUCAUAUACCCUCAUAUUUAACUCCUCAGCACAUUCUAUACCCUCCUGCUAUGUUAGACACCCUUGCCUAG